AAGGUUUAUUUAUUUUGAGGUUUUUGGCAUUUUCAGCCACAGAGCAGAGAUGUGGAAGGUUAGUUUUCCAUUUUUUGCUGCUCUUUUAGCCUUUGGGUUGUGUCAGCCCAUGGCUGGGGGCAUCAAUAAGAUAGAAGACGCAGAUAAUGACAAGGGGUUCCAGAGAGCGCUGCAGUUUGCUGUCAUCCAACACAACAACGGGACCAAUGACACGGUCCUCCGCCAGGUCAUUGAGGUGGUCUCGGCUAAGUCUCAGGUGGUAGCUGGGACCAAUUACAUUAUGACUGUGAUUUUGGCGAGAACCAGCUGUGAAAAGGAGGGACAAGCAGAAAACUGUACCAUCCACAAAGAGCCAGAACACGCUCAGCCUUACCAGUGCACAUUCACAGUGUGGAGUCGCCCAUGGCUCAACAAAACCCAGCUGACCAAAGAGGAAUGCUUGAAUGAUCAACCCGCUCCAGAGUAAAAAAUGUAUUCCUCUUGAAGAUUUACAAAGUGUAACUGCAUUUAAAUCUUCUCCAAGUACCCCAAAUAAAUGCUACCUAACAACAUUAAAACUUUACAAAUUGUUUCAUAUACAAAAUACACUGUUUUAAAUAAAGUAACAUUUCAACUUC